AUGAAGCCAGACAUGACGAAAAAGGAAGAGCUCAUGGCCUCCGGGCCCGCCCAGGCCCUCGACCUCCUAGACACAUCCGAAGGCGAGGUCAUCGACCCGCAGGAAAGCUCCGCCCUCUUGAGGCGGCUGGACCUGAGACUCAUGCCGCUGCUCUGUAUCACCUACGCCCUGCAGUCCAUCGACCGGACAACGCUCAGCUACGCCGCCGUCUUCGGCAUCCGCGAGGAUAUCGGCCUGUCCGGGCCCGAGUUCUCCUGGGCCGGGGCCCUGCUGUAUGUGGGCUACCUCUUCUGGGAGUUCCCGACCAACGUCUUGCUCCAGAAGCUUCCCAUCAACCACUUCAUGUCGGCCACCGUCGUGCUCUGGGGCGCCGUGCUCAUGUGCCACGCCGCGUCGCGCAGCUUCGCCGGCAUCGCCGCGACGCGGGCCUUCCUCGGCGCCUUCGAGGCGUCCAUUAACCCGGGCACGAUGCUGCUGUUCUCCAUGUACUACUCGCGCAAGGAGCAGCCCGUGCGGAUGGGCGUCUGGAUAGGGUCCGCGGGCCUGGGGUACAUCGUCGCGGGCAUCGUGACCUUCGGCAUCGGCCACAUCCGCGGGUCCGUCGCGAGCUGGCGCAUCCUGUUCCUCUUCUGGGGCGCCGUCACCGUCGCCUGGGGCGUCCUCAUGCUCGUCUUCCUGCCCGGGUCACCGCUCACGACCAAGUUCCUGUCCGAGAGGGAGAGGGCGCUGGUCAUCGCCCGCGUCAAGGCUAACGGCACGGGCGUCGAGAACAAGAAGUUCAAGUGGCCCCAGUUCAGGGAGGCCAUGACGGACCUGAAGACCUGGCUGCUCUUCCUGUUCGCCGUAGCGAGCAACUCUCCCAACGGCGGGUUGACAACGUUCCAGGGCCUCGUGAUUAGAGGAAUGGGGUUCUCGACCCUCCAAACAACCCUCAUUCAGAUGCCGUCGGGUGCCGUUCAACUCGUUCUUUGCCCCUUGGCAUGCUUCUUCGCCUCGUACUACCCGAACGCCCGCAUCGCCAUCAUGCUCAUGUGCCUCGCCCCCUUCCUCGCCGGCAUCCUCGGCCUCUGGCUGAUCGACCAGUCCAACCCGUACGGCCGCCUCGCGUGCCUCUGGAUAUCCUUCGCCUACACCGCCACCUGGACGCUAUCCAUGUCCGUCGCGACGGCCAACACGGCCGGACACACCAAGAAAAUCACCACCAACGCCAUGCUCCUGAUCGGCUACUGCCUCGGCAACUUCGUCGGGCCCUUCUUCUUCAGGGCCGAGCAGGCGCCUAGGUACCCCUUGGGGGUCGCCAUGAUGCUCUUCUGCGUUGGCGUGCAGAUCGCGUGCCUGUGCGGCCUCUGGUCCCUCCUGUGGCUCCGCAACCGUUCCAGGACGGCGGAGCAUGCAGGCUCGCGGGAGAACGAGCAGCAGGCGUACGAGCGGGGUCUCCUGGACGAGACCGACCUCCAAAACAAGUACUUCAAGUACGUGUACUAA